AUGGCUCACCACCGUCGAAUCGCUUUAUUUUCCCAUCCUCGAACAUCCUCCAAUUUGUUCGUUCGCCUCCUGGAAAGCCAUCCUGCGCUCGGUCUCAAAACGUAUGCUUUUCUGGAUGCCUACAUGUUUGGGCCAGAACGCCUCAGAACGAGGAUCGCAUCUGGCAAUAUGGCUGCGUUCAUGGACAAAAUGAAGGAAAAGCACGCGAACACAACUUUUCAGUCCAGAUUCGAUGGACUGGAACGCGCAAUAGCCGAUAUAGAAGCCCAGGGAAAGACGGUCGUCAUCAAGGAACAUUCAUACCACCUAAUGGAUCCACAAACCAUCUUUACCAAUAUCGCCGUUGAGGGUGAAGCCAAACCAAGGGCGCCCAUCGUGGAUAAUUUAUUAGACCUUCCAGAGGAAGAGAGAGGGAAAGCCGUUACGGCCACACCACCACCAUUCCCUAUCCCAAAUCCUACGAUUCUUCCAGACCGGCUCUUUGCGAGCUUCUUGCCCAUUAUAAUCAUUCGCCACCCAUGCCGCACCAUUUCGUCCCUUAAGCGGGCAUUACAACCGCUUGGAGGUCCUUUCCCGGAUGCAGACACGGUUAUUGACACAUCAUUCAAAUGGCAGAGGAUAAUGUACGAAUGUUAUAAAGCUUGGUUUGCUACUCCAGAAGGGAUCGAAGCGGCUGGGGGUUCAGCGGUGGCAGAACAAUUGCCUAUCGUUGUUGAUGGAGAUAGACUCGUGAAUGAUGCGGAAAAGCAGAUGGCGAAGUUGUGUGGAAUUCUGGGACUUGACCCAGCUGGGAUCCAAUACACAUGGGAGGCUCAGCCUGCUCAGGAUAUGGCACAGAUCAUGUUCAUUGGGACGCUCAGCAAGUCUACGGGGAUUAUUAAAGGCAAGGAUGGGAGUGAUAAGACCCCGGUUCUGGAGGAAGAGGUCAAGAGAUGGACGGAGGAGUGGGAUGAAAAGACAGCAGAGGCAAUGAAAGGCUUGGUAGAGAAGACGAUAAACGAUUACGAGUUUCUUUUGAAACGUUGUAUUUGA